AUGGGCCCCUCCACACAAAGAGAUGAAUCGCAUGAAGAGGUAGACUACAUCCCUCUUGCAGUAGACCCCGCGCACGUAGAUGAUGCCAACUCCAAAGCGGGCCCGGAACCGGAAUCGGACGAGGUAGUACUUGUCAAUCCUCGCGGGGAGAGCAUGACGGAUACAGUGGGGUUCGCGGUGGCAUAUGUCUUUGGCUUCACAUUCAUCAUGUGCACAUGGGUGAUACUCUUCACAAACCACCCGUUUACGCUCGGGUGGUUCUUCUGGCAUCCUUUCUUGCUGAGCGUUGCUGUUGUAGCCCACACGUACGGCAUCCUGACACUGCAGCCUACAUCCCACGCCCAACCCAGCGUCAAAGCCGCAGGCCGUUCACGGCACCAGCUGUACAUGUUCGCACUCGGCUUUCCUGCCGCCGCCUUGGGCAUCGUCGCCGUGAGCUACAACAAGUAUCUGCAUCACGCGGCACAUUUCGCCACUUGGCAUGGCAGGUUUGGCAUCGCGACGCUUACAUGGAUGCUCGUUCAAAUUGCAGUGGGAGGUGGUAGCGUUUGGGCCAAUGGGAAGCUCUUCGGGGGAAACCCUCGAGCGAGGCGCGUAUGGAAAUAUCACAGGCUUUCCGGGUAUGUGCUGUUUGUGUUGCUCUUGGUAACUGCACACUUGGGUGGCACAUGGUCGGAUUUUGCGCAGAACAACGUCGUGCCCAUUGUGCGGUUGCUCGCGUACACCAUCGCGCCCAUUCUGCUACUGGGGGGUGUUUUCGCUCGAGUUAGGUUGUCGAAGAUGAGGUUUUUCAACCGGUUUGCUUGA